UGUGCAGUUUAGAGUUGGAGUUGGCAGAGAGAACCUCAUCCGUGUCACCAGGGAAAUAAACUCGGGGAAAGAGUGUGGGAAGGGAGCAGCCUUCACCAAUUUGAGCACAAUUGUCGUUAGGAAGUGAUUUAAAGAUGCAGAGUUGUGCCAAGUCCUGGGGUAUCUUACUGGCCAAGUCUGUGAAUCCCAGCGCACCAUGUAGGCAUCUGAGUAGCAGGAGCCGCGUGGUUUGGAAACUUCUAAGCAGGAUGGGCAAUAGUGGGACAUCCUUGACUUCAACAGCCCGGGGUCUGAGGACGUCCGCCGCUCUCUGCUCCAGACAGAUAGAGAGAAUACUGCCCAGACAUGACGAUUUUGCAGAAAGGCACAUUGGCCCAGGUGAGCGGGAGAAGCGAGAAAUGUUGGAUACCCUGGAACUCGAGUCUAUUGAUCAGCUGAUAGAAAAUACAGUCCCAUCUUCAAUUCGCAUUCAUCGCAGUCUGAAAAUGGAUGAUCCCAUUUGUGAGAAUGAAGUUCUGGAUACUUUACAGAAGAUUGCUUCAAAAAAUAAGGUUUGGCGUUCUUACAUUGGAAUGGGCUACUAUAACUGCUCAGUGCCUCCUCCCAUUCAACGCAACCUCCUGGAAAAUGCUGGAUGGGUGACACAGUACACACCCUAUCAACCAGAGGUCUCCCAAGGGCGUCUCGAGUCUCUCCUUAACUACCAGACCAUGAUCUGUGACAUCACUGGGAUGCCUGUGGCCAAUGCAUCGUUACUGGAUGAAGGCACUGCUGCUGCUGAGGCCAUGCAGCUCUGCCACAGGCAGAAUAAAAAAAGAACAUUUUACAUUGACCCACGAUGCCACCCUCAGACUAUUGCAGUGGUGGAGACUAGAGCCAAUUAUAUUGGAGUAAAAACUGUACUAAAACUUCCACAUGAGAUGGACUUUUCUGGGAAGGACGUGAGCGGUGUCCUUUUCCAAUAUCCAGACACUGACGGUCGAGUAGAGGAUUUCACAGCUCUUGUGGACCGGGCUCACAAAGCAGGGGCCCUGGCGUGUUGUGCUACAGACCUCCUUGCUCUGUGUGUUUUGCGUCCUCCUGGAGAGAUUGGAGUGGACAUCGCACUGGGCAGCUCCCAGAGAUUUGGGGUACCCCUUUGCUAUGGAGGUCCCCACGCAGCCUUCUUUGCUGUUAAAGACAACCUAGUGCGAAUGAUGCCUGGCAGAAUGGUUGGCGUAACAAGAGAUGCAGCUGGUAAAGAGGUGUAUCGUCUCGCUCUGCAGACCAGGGAGCAGCACAUUCGCAGGGACAAGGCCACAAGCAAUAUCUGCACCGCACAGGCUCUGCUGGCCAACAUGGCUGCAAUGUAUGCCUUGUAUCAUGGACCUCAGGGUCUCAAACACAUAGCAGAGAGGACUCACAAUGCUACACUGAUCUUGGCUGAAGGGUUGAAAAGGGCAGGACACAGGUUGCACAGUGAAAUGUUCUUUGACACACUGAAGAUCAACUGUGGAGUGGCAGCCAAAGACAUCCUGGAGCGGGCUGAGCAGAGGGAAAUUAACCUCAGGGUCUACAGUGAAGGAGUGUUGGGAGUCUCUCUAGAUGAAACUGUGACAGAGAGGGACUUGGAUGAUUUGCUCUGGGUUUUCGGCUGUGAAUCAUCAGCUGAGUUGAUUGCUGAGAAGAUGGGUGAGAGGGUCAAAGGAAUCAUGGGUAGUCCUUUCAAAAGAACCAGCAAGUAUCUGGCGCACCAGGUCUUUAAUAGUUACCAUUCGGAGACAAACAUUGUGCGAUACAUGAAACGCCUGGAGAACAAGGACAUUUCUCUGGUGCACAGCAUGAUCCCACUGGGGUCCUGUACUAUGAAGCUGAACAGUUCAUCAGAGCUCAUGCCCAUCACGUGGAGAGAGUUUGCCAACAUCCACCCAUUUGUACCUCUGGAUCAGGCAGAGGGUUAUCAGAAACUCUUUAGACAACUCGAGCGAGACCUUUGUGAAAUCACAGGUUACGAUAAGAUCUCAUUUCAGCCAAACAGUGGUGCUCAGGGGGAAUACGCUGGCCUAGCUGCAAUUAAAGCAUACCUAAACUCAAGAGGAGAAAGCUCCAGAACUGUUUGUCUAAUCCCUAAAUCCGCACAUGGCACUAACCCGGCCAGUGCUCAAAUGGCGGGCAUGAAGGUGCAGGUGGUGGAGGUGGACAAAGAUGGAAACAUUGACCUUGCACACCUCAAAGCUCUGGUUGAUAAGCAUAAAGCCAACCUGGCAGCCAUGAUGAUCACCUACCCAUCUACUUUUGGUGUUUUUGAAGAGUGCAUUGGCGACGUGUGUGAGCUGAUUCAUCAGAAUGGGGGCCAGGUGUACCUUGACGGUGCAAACAUGAAUGCCCAGGUGGGCCUAUGCCGUCCUGGAGACUAUGGUUCUGAUGUGUCUCAUCUGAAUCUGCACAAAACCUUCUGCAUCCCUCAUGGAGGAGGAGGACCAGGCAUGGGGCCUAUUGGAGUAAAGGCCCAUCUUGCUCCUUUUAUGCCAAGCCAUCCAGUUGUUCCCAUGCACUCCGUGAAUAGCAGCAGCUCUCUGGGCACAAUCAGUGCUGCUCCCUGGGGUUCAAGUGCAAUCCUCCCCAUCUCCUGGGCCUAUAUCAAGAUGAUGGGAUCCAAAGGACUGGUCCACUCAACAGAGGUAGCUAUCCUCAAUGCCAAUUACAUGGCUAAGAGGCUGGAGGGGGCUUACAAGAUACUCUUCAAAGGCAGAAAAGGUUUUGUAGCUCAUGAGUUUAUCUUAGAUGUGAGACCCUUCAAGAAAACUGCAAAUAUUGAAGCUGUAGAUGUUGCCAAAAGGUUACAAGAUUAUGGUUUCCAUGCCCCCACGAUGUCAUGGCCAGUGGCAGGAACCCUCAUGGUUGAGCCCACAGAGUCUGAGGACAAAGCAGAGAUGGAUCGCUUCUGUGAUGCUUUGCUUGCAAUUCGUCAAGAGAUUGCAGACAUUGAGGAGGGAAGGAUGGAUUCACGGAUCAACCCUCUCAAAAUGUCCCCUCAUUCUCUGGCCUGCAUCACAGCCUCCAACUGGGACAGGCCAUACUCCAGAGAAUUUGCUGCAUUCCCUUUGCCCUACAUUAAGCCUGAAACCAAAUUUUGGCCCUCCAUUUCGAGGAUUGAUGACAUCUAUGGUGAUCAGCAUCUGGUGUGCACAUGCCCGCCAAUGGAGGUGUACGAGUCUCCGUAUGAGGAAAAGCGGGCCUCCUCAUAGACCAGCUUCGGUCUGAGAGAUCAGAGCUCUCACAGAAUGCCCACACACUUUAAAACACCAAAAGUCACAAUGUAAUCACUGGAAAGUAGUCCUCUCCUCUUUUAAGGCAGGGCUUAUUUUUAAACAUUUCAUCUCAGAGUGUGCAAAGAGCAGCUAGAAUUGAUGCACAAAAGCACUUCAUAUGUCUAAAUUCUUGAGGGAAAUGUUUAAUGUUUGAGAUGGACGCUAGACUGGGCUAGGUCUAAUGACGCUGAUUUUUUAUUUUUUUUAAUGGACCAAAAGUGCAGUGCACCCUUCUACUCCUAUACUUUGAUUUUUGUUGGGCUUCAUACACUAGGCACAUGCCCCUGGUGCCUCUAUCCUGUAACUGCCUUGACCUGUCAUUUUUACAGAUCUCAAUAUGGACAAAUGAUAUUGACCAAGAAAAAUAAUUUUAAUGUAAUUUUAAACACUUUUCUAAUCUUGUUUUGUCUGUUGAUAAUAUGUGUUAUUAAACAUUUUGACAUUUUAA